UAUUUCUAUCAUUCUUGAUUCUUGUUGCAAUUGGGAUCUAUUCUUUUUGCCUUGAUUUUGCCCAGCUGAUUUUGUAAUUCUAUAAACCGCUAAAUAUAAAAUUUUAUACAAUAAAAAAUGAGACUAUCACAUUUGCUGAAUGCAAUGACGGCGAGAGAACCAGUUUUGCCGCGACGAAAGAACAAACUUAAAUCUUUGUUGAUUGUGACCACAGGCGCAACUAUAUUCUAUGCGGGGUUUUGUAUUUACAAAGGCAAUGAAAAAUUUUACAAGAACACUUUAAUGCCCUUAUCACGCUAUUUGCCGGCGGAAACAAGUCAUAAAUUGGCCGUUCUGGCUUGUAAAUAUAAAGUGUUUCCAGCCUCGUCACUUCCAGACUCACAUAAUUUGGCUGUUACAUUUUUUGAUAAAGGCAUAACGAAUCCAAUCGGCAUUGCUGCUGGCUUUGAUAAGCAAGGUGAAGCUGUAGAGGGCUUACACAAAUUAGGAUUUGGUUUCGUAGAAAUUGGUUCAGUAACCCCAGAACCGCAGCCCGGCAAUCCAGUACCACGAGUUUUUCGUUUGAUUAACGAUGAAGCUAUUAUAAAUCGUUAUGGAUUCAAUAGUGAAGGACAUCGGGUGGUGUUUGAGCGCUUAAAUGAACUAAGGAAUGUGCGAGGUUUCAACGGAGUACUGGGUGUCAACCUAGGUAAAAAUAAAACGUCGGAAUCUCCGAUUUCAGAUUACGUGAAUGGUGUAAAAGUGUUUGGUCCCAUUGCUGAUUAUUUGGUUGUUAAUGUGAGUAGUCCAAAUACUCCAGGUUUACGAGAUUUACAAGGAAAAAAGGAGUUGGAACAGUUGCUAACAGCGAUAAUUGAAGCGCGCAAUUCAUUGACGGUUAAUAAUAAAAUACCUAUAUUUUUGAAAAUUUCCCCAGAUAUUACUAAACAAGAUAUAAAUGACAUUGUUAGUGUUAUAAACAAGAAAAAAUGUUGCGUUGAAGGAUUAAUAGUUUCCAAUACAACAAUAACACGUGAUAAUUUGAAGGAAGUUGAGGUGGCUAAAGAGGUUGGUGGUUUGAGUGGCCCACCUAUACGUUCCAAAUCGACCCAAAUAAUUGCUGAAGUAUAUGCACAAACAGGCGGUAAAAUCCCCAUAAUUGGUGUCGGCGGCAUUUCUUCAGGUCAGGAUGCGUUAGAAAAGUUAGAGGCAGGAGCCUCCUAUUUGCAAUUCUAUACUGCCUUUAUAUAUGAAGGACCGCCGGUUGUGCAACGCAUUAAAAGAGAGCUAUCUCAAUUGCUGGCUGAUAAAGGGUAUACGAGCGUGAAGGAUGCCGUGGGCAAAAAUUACAAAAGUUACCUUAAUAAAUGAUUGUUAAAUUUAUAAAAUACGUAAAAGUUUGUGCUCCUUUAUAAUAUACUAAAAAGGUAUUGUUAUUAAAAAUAAAAACAUGUAC